CUAAAAUUUUACAUAAUUUUCAAAGCUUAGAAAAACGAAUUCCAUCAAUUUAUAAUACUUGAAUUAGAUAGAAUAAUUGCUAAUUAUAGUAUGCUUAGUACGUCUUAUAGAACAACUUUACCUAAUACUAUUUCUAUUUUCUCAUUUCAAUUCCAACCGAUAAAACGGGUUAGACUUUGAGAUGUAAAUCUUAAAGGAACAAGGAUGGUGAUAGAGACGUGAGAUAUUCAUCCUACUACUAAACACUUCUACUAACCUAUGCCUACGUUGCAGCAAUGAGUAUAAUAUUUGCAGAUUUUUUAUGGCAUAUGCUAAAUGGUUUUUUUAUGUGUAACCACGUUCUUGUGAAAGGAAAGAAAGUGAAAAGCAGAGUGGUAAUAUUAGAAUGAUUUUUAAGCCUUAGAAUUUCCAUCUUUUAUAUCCCACAAAAUUAGCAAGGAUAUCAGGUUUUGCUGUUGGACUGAAUAAACUGCUCUCUUUUUCUCUCUCUAAAAUAUAGGAUCCCCUUCAACAAAUCAUCAUCUGCCAGAUCCUUUCCUAUCUGAUUUAUGAGUUUCUCCUCAAAACUUCCCACCAAUUUCCCUUCUUUCACUUCUUUCAUCAUUUUUCUCACUCUGCAGAUUUUGAAGUAGCUGAUAGGAACAUUAAACACAAGUGGUACGGUGCAGGGGAAGAAGAAACCAGUAUUAGGAUAGGAAAUGAAUUUAGAUGAAUUAGUUUUGAGGAAUGUGAUGUCUGUGGAAGAGGCAGAGCUAGUACAUAACUCUUCUUCUUCACCUCCUGCAGCAGCCACAGUUUCGUUGUUUCUCGGAAAAAGGAACAAGGACAUUAAACCGCAGCCUGAUCCAAUGGCUGAGGCUUCGGCCUCCGCAGAAGGGAUGGAUUGGAUUCAUUACCAACGAGCAUUGUUGAUUGAUUCCAAGUUGCCAGUUUCUCAAGGUGUUUACAAUCAUGGGAGUGUAGCAGGUAUUGGUGUUUACAAUAUGGAAGCCAUGUCAAUGACAACGUCAGCCUCGUCGAACUCAGAUUUCCAAGAAGGUAAUAAUUGUGGACGGAAACGAAGACAGGUGGAUGAUAUGAAGGAGAAGACCAUUGAAAGAAGGCAAAGGAGGAUGAUCAAGAAUCGUGAGUCUGCUGCAAGGUCCAGAGCCAGAAAACAGGCUUAUACGAAUCAGCUGGAGCACGAAGUAUCUUGCUUGAAGAAAACAAAUAGUUGGCUGAGAAAGCAAGAGGAAGCAGAAGGACUAUUUUCUUCAAAUCCAAUCCCAAUGCCAAGACACCAACUGCGGCGCACCAGCUCGGCCUUCUUCUAGCUCCUGAUCUUCACAAGCAGACCUGACUCUGUUCUCUCUCUCAAGUUUUUUCUAGUUAGAUUAUUUUGAAACACAUAGAACUUUACUUUCCUUCUGUUUCAUGUAGAAAAAAAUACUCUGAUGGAAAAUAUCUUUGCUUGUGAAUGCAGUUCCUAUUCUUCCCCUUUUGCCUUCU